AUGCCCAUGGAGAUGAAUGGGCCUGCGGGAGGUGGAGGUCCCAGACGCAGGCAGCACCAUCACCACCCUCACCACCAUCAGCAAUACAUGCCGCAAUACCAUCAGCAGGCGAACCCCAUGUACCAAAACUAUGGUCAGCAGCAUAACCCUUAUGCGCCUCAGCAACAAUAUUUCGGUAUGCCGCCGCAAAUCCAGAACGGAGGCAUGCCUUCGCCGGGAUACCCGCCCUACCAAGGAUAUGCUCGCUCGCCCCCUGCCAUGCCACAGUACGUGCCCAUGGUCGGUGUCAGUGUGCCUCCUAGCUUUUCGCGACAUGUGCAGAGCUCGCCCAGCCUGUCCACUCCUUAUCAACCACCACAGCCGGCCGCACCUCCUGCACCUCCUGCACCUCAAGCUCCUCCGCACACCCCCGCUUCCUCGCACUCUUCGCAGAUUCAAGCGCCAGUUCUCACACCACCGACCCCUCAAACAAACGAGACCAUAACUCCGCCUUCUGUGGCCCAGGAGCACUCUGCGCCUCCUCCCUCUCCGCCUCCUGUUGUUGAGAGAGCACCCUUUCGCCCGCCUCUGCCAUGGCACUCUUGUCCCGCGGUCGAGUUUCCCGCGAGAACUUCGCCCCGGCGCAAGUCGCGACAACGACAACGAGACGACCAGAAUACCGAAGCAGUUUUGCUUCCCAAGGACCAGCAAGGUACAGCCACGGCUUCGCCAGCCGUCGAGGAAGGCGAGUCUGCCACGCCCGAGACUGCCAAGCAAGCCCAGGCUGCGGACAAAAUCGAGGAGACCGCAGCAGCACCAGUUCAAUCCUCUGAAUCAGAGAAUCCCACCACCGAGCCCACCGAGCCCGCUCCUGUUGUGCGCGCUCCCCCGACUAGCUGGGCCAAGCUCUUCGCCAAGACUCCCGUUGCCGCUGUUGUCAGCAUCAAUGGAGAGAAUGGCACUUCGGAUCAUACAAAUGGCGUCGCUCAAGAUGGCCCCACUGCCGCUUCAUCUGUGCUCAAGGCUAAUGCCAACUCCAUCGCCGAAGCCAUUCUGUCAUACAAAGUUGGCGAAGCUCAGCAAACGUCCGUCUUCCUGGAGCCUCGUGGCCUGAUCAACACUGGCAACAUGUGCUAUAUGAACUCGGUUCUUCAAGUCCUAAUGUAUUGCUCGCCGUUCUACGACUUCCUUGCCCAGAUCAGCAAGCGUGCCGCUCACAGCUUCAACAGCGAGACGCCGCUCCUGGAUGCCAUGAUCAUGUUUAUGCACGAAUACAAAGUGCUUAAAUCGGCACCAAGCAAUGAGCAACUGCGCAAAGUUAUCCGCGGCGACGAGAUUGAGCGCUAUGGGGAGCCCUUUACUCCUGAAUUCGUGUACGAGGCUAUUCGACAGCUCUCGCGAUUCGCCAGCAUGCGACGAGGUCACCAACAAGAUGCUGAGGAGUUUCUCGGUUUCCUACUCCAGUCGCUUGAUGAUGAAUGCACACUGGUGAUGAACAAUGCCUCGCAAACUAGUAGUCAAACGGCCCGCUCUGAGGCUGGUUCGGUGGAUGGCUCUGUCGACCCAAGUGGCGACUGGCUCGAGGUUGGCCGCAAGCGCCGCGCCGCUGUGACUCGCUCUUGGGGCUCAAGCACGUCCACGCCCAUUACCAAAAUCUUCGGUGGUCUCUUGCGAUCCGAGUUCCGCGUUCCCGGCUUGAAGGACUCGAUUACUACGGAACCAUAUCAACCUCUCCAGCUUGACAUUGGCUCGCCCGAGGUUAGAAAUGUUGUGGAUGCUCUUCGUGGUCUCACCCGCCCCGAACGUCUGCAGGGUGACUUCAAUUCACCUCGCGGCAAGGACAUUACCGCAACGAAGCAGGUCUUCAUCGAGACUCUACCCCCUGUAUUGAUUCUACACCUGAAGCGCUUCCAGUUCGAUGCUGAAGGCGGCACGACUAAGAUUUGGAAGAACGUCGGAUACCCCCUUGACCUGGAGAUUCCUCGCGAAGUCCUUGCCCGUCAGGCACGACAGACUCUGAGCAAUGGCGCUCUGCCCAAAUACAAGCUCAUCAGUGUCAUCUACCAUCACGGCAAGAAUGCCAGUGGUGGCCACUACACCGCAGAUGUUCGACGCCAGGACGGUCAUGAAUGGCUCCGACUCGACGAUACAGUCUUGCGCCGGCUUCACAGUGAGCAGGUCGCUGGAGGUGACUCUGAAGAGGACACCAAGGAUGCUCGCAAGCAAAACAGCCAGUCCGGUACCAGCAAUCGCUUUGGUGCCAUGAACGACGAGGAUGAGGGCAAUGAUGAAGGAUGGAACCAAGUGACUGCUUCGACAGGGAGCAAUGGCAAGCGAUGGAGCAGCGUGGUCACUGCCCCCACCAACGGGACAAGCAAGGACAAGUAUGUCAAGGAAAAUAUCAAGGACAACAAGGUGGCGUACAUCUUGUUCUACCAGCGUGUCUAG